AUGAGGUCGAGACUGCUGCCGAGCCGGCGGUCUCGCCCUGCUCGCUUUGCUCGCUGCAUCGCUCUCUGUCUCGCCCUCUCCAUCGGUGCCCUUGUCUUGUUCUCCGGGUUGUUCCUCUGGAAGAUGUUUAGUGACGAAGUGGAGGGCGCGAGGACUGGCAGCAAGAUGCCACAGCGCCCUUCGAUGCCAGGCCACCCUGCUGGGUCAUCGGUGCCUGACGCCGGCGCUGACGGCGUUGUUCAGCCACUGGCUGACAAUCGAGAGGCAGCCCCGUACACGGAAAGUUUGGAAGAACUUCUCCGGCUUCUGCGUAUCUACGCCGAGCACCGUGGCGUGCGCGUGAAUAGUACCUACCACGUACCUCUGGAGGCACUCACUGCAGCCUUAGGCCUCCGUGGCGGCGGCGACAGCUCGCAGAGAGGUGCGGAAGCCAGGGGUGCUGAUCUGCAGCUUCCUGGGGCGGAGCUGCUGCAUAGCCUCUACGGCAACGGCGGGCAGGCAGGUGACCACCUCUUCGCCAACUGGGUCUUGGAUGACCCCGAAACGAUCACAACGGAGCAGGAGGCCUACGUGGAGCGGUACCUCGUCCCCACGCAGGCCGAGGUCGAUCUCACGACGCUGCGUGUCAUCUCGUCGUACUACAACACGCAAAGCAGCCGUGGCCUCGACCGCAUGGCGGCCGAGACGGAGAAGGCGAUGAACGAUGACGGCUACGCAACGUAUGUCCAACACUCGCCUUCGUUCUACGACGUUUCCCAUGCGUCACGCCGCGGCUACGGCCAGGAGGGCAGCAUCUUUGUAGCCGUCCCUUUCACUCUCAGCGAUAUCACGGAGGAAAUGAUCGACACAAUCCGGCGUCGAGCAUCCGCCGCGUCGGCUUUAUCGCAGACCCCAGCGACCCCCUCGAGCGCGCCGUUACAGGGUAGGGUCGAAUCCGUCGGUGGCGGCGGCUUUGAGGAGUUGCGGCUCACAGCUGCGCGCUGCGCCAUGACGGUGGAGUCUCUCUUCCGCCAAGCACACCGCGGCGUUGCAGUGACGAUUGGGACGAUUGAUGUGGUUGCCGUGAGCGGCGUCUCCUCGGCGACCGAGCUCAAUAUUGAAAAGCCUGCCGACGUGCUCUUUCCGCUCCGCACAGCAGACCGGGCCAAGUUGACUCCUUCGCACAAGCGGCGCUACAGCCGCAUCACCUGCGAGCCGCCAGACUUUGCCAGCGGCUGGGACGACGCUGAUUACGGCUUUCGCUGGAAGGAUAACCUGCGCCGCCGCCGCGUGGUGGUGCCUCUCGCAGGGCUAGACGACGCUGCCGCGGCUCAUUCGUCUCUGCCGCGGCGUGCGGACACUGCGGCGGCACUGGAGCGGGGUUUUGCUCUCCGGCAUGUUGGGCGUUACGCGACGCUUCAGCUCUAUCGCGGAGAGUCGUACAUUUUUUUCCUGCGCGCCGGCUCUUUGGCUCUUCCGAACUGGGACUUGACGCUCCGACUGCUGUACCUGCGCACCCCGGCCCGCGAUCGCGCUGUGCUGAGUAGCCGUCCGACACCGGGCGUGACGUGGAGGGCGCUUGCGGCCUCUGUUGCGAAUGUGUGGAGCACCGAGCCCCUCCUGCGGCUGUCUCUGACGACGGCACCGCGUGGACGCCACAGCGAGGACGGGUUCGGUGGCGAGAGGGAGGCCGCCGCCAGCGUGCCACCUCCCGACAAGGUGGGCGAGCGUCUUUUGGCUGCACUACCGGCGGACGUGUCGUCGUGGCUCAGCGCGGCGCGGGCGGAGGCGGAGCUUGUGCUGUGGCUGGUGACGCCGAGCUGGCUGUGGCCCACCAUGGUGGAGACGCUGGCGGAUUGGCGCCAACUCGCCGCUUCGCCGGACCUACCAGCUUCAGCGACCGCGUCCUCUGUUCUGGGUCUGCUGUUCACCAGCGCUGCGGUGCGUGGCGUUCUCGGCGACGCGAUACUGGAUCUUAGCGAUGCCGACUUGAGGGCAGUCCAGGUAGACACCUUGGCGAACUGUGAUGGUGAUGCUCCCACCAAAGCGUCUCCGUGUGGUCAGGGCAUGGUGUAUGUGCGCAGCGGCAAGAACUCUUCCACGAGCCGCACGCCACAGGCCGUCCUGUCGGCCAGCCUCACCGCAUCUGAGGUAUACGAGCUUCUGUUCCUGGCCGAGAAGCGACCGCCAAUGCCGGCUCAGCCGAUCGUUCACAUGCCACCAUCGGCCUCGACGACAACUCCAGCGCCGUUCCGCGAAUCGGGCGCUGCGGCAGGGCGACUCUGUGGGGAGGAGGAAUCAGAGGCACCGUACUACUCGGCUGCCGACAAGGCGCUGCGGAAGCGCUCCUUCGAGCACUGCUGGCUGAAGGAGCACCGGGGCGCUGUGCGGCAGCAGGUGCGCCGCCUCGUCCACUCCACCAAUGCCUCGACCGUGCUGCAGGCAUCCUCGGGCAUGCAGGCGCCUGCCGCAGGUGCGGCGGCGGCGGCGAAGUGCCACGCAAAGGGCAGCUUUGUGAAAGCUGAGGUCAUGCCGCGCUCGAGUGUGUGCUUGGCGGACAUGCGGUAUCUUGAGCCGAUGGAAGGGACGUGGCUCACGAGUGCUGACGGAGGCACGUUGGGCAGUGGAGACCGGGCUCCCCAAGCGCAUCACGCGGCCGAUGAGCACUCGCCACUGCAAGAGAGCGCCUGGCUCGCGUCCGGGGCGAACGUGGGCAAGGUGAAGGGAGUGGCGACUUCUGCGCGUAACGCACAAGCCUCUGGUAGGGUCGACGAACUGCAGUUUAACUCACCGCAGUCACCAGGGGAUGCGGCGUCGGCCACGGUUGAGCCGACACCGUAUGUUCUCCAGGCUGUUGCGUCGGCUGAUUUGCUCUUCGGCCCUGCGGAAGUGUUCUUCGAGUUUGAUCGGGAGCACCAGUUGCAGACUCGAGUGCGCAGCCUCUCAGAGCAGCUCGAAGAGCGCCGCCUCCACCAUCAAGGACUGACUGCGACGGCAGCGCACGCGCGUGUGCCCGAGGCUGUGGAGCUCGAUCCGUCACUGCAGUUCAUGGACAGCGAUCUCGAGGAUAUGCACACCACACUGGCGCUCUGGACGCGGGGGUGGAACGUCUUCGGACUGACAGAGCCGGUGGCCGUAGGCACUGGCGAGAGUGAGCUGCCCACCUCCAUGCCUGCGACGGCACCGGCAGCAUCCGGCGCAGGACAUGAUGGGCAAUGCUUAGUGGACGAGGCGGCAGAUGGUGUACCGACAGAGCUGAGCAAUGCGCGCACCUUCACCCAAGACAAGUUCUGGGCUUUGGUAAUGUCUCACCGCGAUGCCGGGACGCCUCUUGGCUCCACGAAAGAGCGGAACCAAACGCCCACGCCGCGGGCAAGCUCGCCAUCGCCUUAUCCCUUGCGCCGAACGAUGAAGGAGUGGGAGUUGUUUGCCGGCGUAGAUUUGACGGUGCUUCAUGACGCGCUGCGCUCGCCGUGA